CCACUGUAUCUUUUUUAUGCCAACAAGAAUUCUUUUCACAAGCAAAGUCAGCAUUCGAGUGUGUGCAGAGAUGUCUCAAAAGGAUAAUAGCUCAGUGGAACUACAAUGUCUACUCGGCAAGUGGGUGAGCUCUCACAUCCCUCUCCGUCUCCUUUGAUUGGUUGCAGAUUUCUUCGAAGAACAUGAGCUUUGUAUGUUGAUUGCCCCCGUGUACUAUUUACUUCUAAUUUCUUCUGUAUCGUGUAUAUGCCAAUUGUUUUCCUGUACCUGUGCACAGCUAUUGUGCUCUAGCACCAAUAUAUAUUUUUUGGAUUAAUAAUUGCAGCCUAUCAUUAAGUUGCCGCAAAACUAUAACCAAUGUCAAAAUCCUUAUUUUAGUCAGGACAAUUAACUAUUGAAAAAACCAAAAGUAGCUGCAUUAAUUCAGUAUUUGACAAGGUAAUGCCAUCAUUCAGUAUUUGGAGUAGAUGCUACAGUUAUAAUGAAACAUCAGGAUUCUUGUACUUGUAUCCUGUAUACACUAACUAUUUUAGAUACCUGAUACUGCAGCUACAGUAUGAAGUCUCAAAAUAAAAAGAAACAUAACAUUAAGUUGUUCUCCAGCAAUUCACAAGGAAACUGGGAAGCACAUAGAUGUAGCUGGCAGUAACUCAAAACUGCAGAUGAUCGCACUGGUAGAAAAGACUUAAAUUAACAGUUCAAGCACAUAUCUUGGUUUCUCCCUGUAGUCUGAAGAAAAGCUCCAACACACAAUGAAACGGCAACAAAGAAGAAGCCAAUAAUUAACCUUUUUGCGGGAAAAUAAUUAAUUAACCUUUCCUAAAUAGAAAAACAAAUUGUUCUCAGGGUCCAAUCUAAGUUUCUGAGAUGCAAUAUGGAAGAUGCCACAUCCUCACAGAUCUUCAUCUCAACAACAUGUAUAUAACCUCCUUCAGAAACUUGAACAUUGAUCUAUAGAAAACCCAUUUAUUCUCUGAUCAUUUGUUUAGCUGAUCUUUUGCAUUUUGCAAAUACAUACAGUUCUCGCUAAAUUUGAAAAUGUCGUUUUCUUCGCCCGUUGCAAAGCACGGGCAUGUUUGCUACAUAUACUACAACUUAAACAAAUUAUGUUCUUUUAAGCACGACUGCUAUAUUUUAAAUCAUUAGGAUAUGAAUUGAUCCAAAAUGCAUACUGCAUCUUUUUGGUUCUGUAAUUUUGGGUGUUAGGUGGCAUAAGUAGUGCCCCUGUUAGUUUGUCAGGUUCAGCUAAAAUACUUUUAAGAAGGGAUGAUGCAAUCUUGUGCUUAAUUCAGAAGCUCUCCCUUUUCACUGUUAAGAUCGCCACUCUUUCCUAUAUAUUACGCAGCUACACAUAUUAUUGCAUUUAUCCCUUUAUUCAAGACAAGCAUGCAACAAGACACUUAAUUAUAAACAGAGCAACAAAUACCACACAUGCUUUAGUUUUCAGGACAGGCUACAAUAUUUCUGAGAUGGGAUGCAUGUGAGUUGUUGAUGUAGAAAACUGUUGGAUUUGUGAGUUCAGUCAUUUCAGUUUUAGGUUCUUAUGGUUGAUACUGAACUACGAAAAUGGAAGACUGUGCUUCAUUGAUUUGACAGUGAGCUCUAUCAAAAUUAAUUAGUUUUCCUUUGGAACCCCUGCUGGAAUGUAAAUCUAUGUGAAACUUAGAGUGCCUCUACUCUGUAUAUAUAUAUAUAUAUAUAUCAUUUAGCUCUUUGAAUAAUGCACAUACGGCAUGAUCUAUCCUAACAUGCUGUUUUGUGUCAACCAGGGAGUUGUGAGGUGACACUUUGGUAAAUCUUGAUACCAUUCUGUCUGUCAACUCUUUCUGGGCGAGUUCCGAAAGAAAUGGAUAUUUUCUUUAAUUGGAAUAGGCAUCCAUAUCUGACAAAGGUACCCGCACAAAGUUAUCUAAUACAACCUGCACAGAGUGUCUCUGCUUUGGGUGUUUGCAGGACAAGCAAUUAUAAUAAGUGUUUCUGCCGUGGGUGUUUGCUGGGUGAGCGAUUAUAGCCAGUGUCUCUGCCGUGGUUUGGUUGAUGGGCGAGCGGCAAUGCCAGAGGGAGAAGCGACGACCAUAUUGUGGUCAUGACUACCUUGCAAUAAAGCGAUAUUAUUCGUGUAGCAAUGCACAAGAAGAAAGAAACUAUUCGUGCAUCAGGGAUGGAUGACUGCAUAGACCUCUGUUCUUCAUCAGAAGAGGAAGGACGAGGAGUUCCUGCAGGGAGAGUCGAGUCAGAGUCUGAUUCAGAUUCAGAAUUUGAUGCAAAUGCUGAAGGAGGAGUCGAGUCAGAGUCUGAUUCAGAAUUUGAUGAAAAUGCUGAAGGAGUUGAUUCAGAGCCUGAUUCAGAAUCUGAAAAAAAUGGUAAAGGACAUGGAGUAAAUGAUAAUGGACAUGGAAAAGGAGGAGUUCCUGGAGGGGUAGCUGAGCCAGAGUUUGAUUCAGAAAUCGGAGAGCAUGACAAAGGACUUGAAAAGAACACGUGCAUCGGUUCAAGGUGCAGCGUGAAGAAAAUGUACAACUUGAUCCAUGGAUUAGAUGAAGAGAAGAAAGGUUAUGUGAGGGAGAUUGGUUUUGGGGGCCUGCUUCUCCUGCCAAAGCUCAUGAGGACAAACCGGCACUUCCUCAUGUGGCUGCUAAGCAAAGUUGAUGAGGAAGCAAGCUCUAUCAUCACAGGUUACCGCAGGGACAUACCUUUCCAUGAUAAAGAUGUGGAAACUGUGCUGGGAAUUCCAUGUGGCGGCGCACCGGUGCAGAGUGAACAACACGGUGUUCCUGAGAAUGUGAUAGCAGCGAUCCGAAAGACUCUCGGAAUAUCCGAAUCGGAGCGCGACAUAGGCCCCGUGGUUGCAAUUGUGAAGAAGAAGGUCAGGGGCCAAAAGAUGACAAAAGCAGAAAUAUCAAAAUUCAAGAUUGCUUUUGUUAUAUGCGCGGCAACGUACCUGUUUGCCCCAACAAUGAAAAAUGACUACUUUGUGACAGAUUACUGGGGCGCGCUUACAAACCCUGACAUAAUUCAUUUGCACAAUUGGUCCGGUUACGUGAGGUCGGAGACUUUAAGAGCAGCAAAGAGGGUUAAAGCUGAUUUGCUUGGAGGUAGCAAGAAGUCUAACCUAUCUGGAUGUCUGCCGUUCAUUCAGACGUUCUAUUUGGAUAACUUGGAGGUGACCGGUGGAAAUAUCCCACACGACGAAUUCCCCAGGAUGCAGUUUUACACGAUGGAGGUGAUCAACGCGAUAGUUGAAGACGACACGAGGUCACGCAAGGGAGCAGAACUUGUCACAUAUGGCCGAUUGCUGCCACGUCACGAAGCACUGGUGUCCUAUCAGAGGAACCCCGCGAACAGGAACAAUGUUGCUGGCGCAUCAAAUGUGUUUAACAGAAGCCAAUCUAGAUGCGCCGAGACCGGGUCUAUGACCAUAGAUGAGAUUGAAUCGCUAGUUAUGGAUAAGGUUUCAUCCUUCGCAACGGCUUGUGAAUAUGUUUUGACAAGUUUUUCAAGGAAGAAGGAAGAGGAGAACCAGAGGCACCAAGCUGCCUUGGCAGACCUCGAGAACCAGUCGCAGCAACAGGUCAAGAAUGAGUCCAGGAAAGUGAGAGAUCAACUGAAAAUACUGUUUGCUGGAAUUAGGCAUCAGGAUGGAGUAAGCUGGAAUAUGAAGGGAAAACGCCCUUUAUAUGAAGAUCCAGCUCCAACUGAGGAUGCUGAUGUUGGUUGCCCUAACUCCGAUAUGCCUCAAGAUAGCCAUUCAUCACCAGCUGCAGAGAUACCUGGCCAUGGAUCUGAACUGGCGCGUCUUGGUAUCAAGAGGGUAAUUAAAAGAAGAAAAGAGUGAUAUUUUAUCGUCGCUUGUCCACUUCACAUAUAUAUUGUGGCCGGAAUAAUUCUCUCUUUUCUGUAUUGUGAAACCUGGUGCAUACAUAAGCAGAUAACCCGAGCGGAGGCAAAAAAAAAGUGAUGAUGGCUGCUUUUGUUAUGUCUGAGCACCUGCGUGUGCGGUGAUCUAGGGGUAAAAGGGUGUGGUUUCCCCCCUUUCCCACUCUAAGUUGGAGGGCAUGUGGCCUUUGAGAACUUUCAGUUUCUCUAUGAUAGGGAGUUUAAAACUUUGUUCUUCACCCCUCCUGGUAGCGGUGCAUGUGGCAUGUUGGCUAGCCUUUGCUGGGUGAUAACAUGGGGUGUUUCGUUU